UUGGGUACGUUUUCGGGAAAUCGAAAGUAAUUUGUAAAUUAGUUCGAAAUUUUGUUUUCGAUUGUGGGAGAUCGGGGUGUAGGGGGGCUUUUCCUGCAUAUACAGACCUACCUCUAGGAAUGGAGAACAAGCAAGUCUGUGAACGUUUCACAGACACAAAGGGCAGUUUACAUAGUUUUACCUACCCAGCCCUUCCAGCAGAGGAUGACAGAGACAGCAGUAAAAGUACAGAAUGUGCACAUGCUCAGGUAAAACCUGGCAAGAAGAAAAAACAAAAGAAAAAGAGGCAAAACACAGAGAAAAUGUUUCCUGAAAAGAUACUGACAGAACAGCCAACAUCUCAGUCCUCUGGCAAUCCAAAACAGGACACAUACAUACAGACAACCUGCGACCAGUCAACUCAGACAGAUGUCCUGCAGAAUAAGUCCACCCAGACAAUGGCUACUCAGACCUUUCAGCUACAGUGCAUUCACACUCAGUCUAUGGAUUCAAAAUCAACCCAGACUCAUCGAACCAGGCCCACUUUAAGGGAGGUUUAUGAAGGACAGGGGUCUGCAGAUCACUCAUCUGAAGGCAAAGAACCUAAUCAGCUUACUCUGCUCACCUGGAACAUAGAUGGACUAGAUGUUGAAGACCUAAAGGAACGAAUCCCAAGCUUACUGUCAUAUUUAGGAACGCAUCGUGCAGAUGUGGUACUGUUGCAAGAGCUUGUGCCACCCUACCUGAAGAUUUUGCAGGAAAUUAUGACAGAUUAUGAGUUUCUGCAAGGUGAUGACAGUGGCUAUUUUACAGCAAUACUACUUAGAAAAUCCAGAGUAGAAUUUCUUCAGAGCAACAUUGUGAAAUUUCCCACAACAGAAAUGGGGAGAAAUCUACUAAUGGCCAAUGUAUGCUUCUCAGGCCAGCAGCUCUGCUUCAUGACCUCUCACUUGGAGAGCUUAAAGACAAGCUCACAGGAGCGCAUGAACCAGCUGCGAAGAGUGUGGAAGUGGAUGAGGGAAGCCCCAGACAGCCACACCGUCAUAUUCGGAGGUGACACAAACCUUCGAGAUUGGGAGGUAAAGAAGUUGGGAGGUCUUCCAGACUGUAUUAUGGAUGUGUGGGAGAUGCUUGGACAGCCCGAGGACUGCAUGUACACCUGGGACACAACCACUAACAACAACAAAGAAGUCCCUUUCCCUGUCCGGCUACGCUUUGAUCGUGUUUACCUCAGAGGGCCUAGAGAGGGCCUUUGGCCUCACCCGACCAGGAUGACACUGGUGGGCCUAGAGAAACUCCGCUGUAGCCGUUUCACCAGUGAUCACUGGGGCAUUCUCUGCACAUUUUCUUUUGAGUCAUCAGUGCAGUAGUGAUUAUGUACUGAACCUUUUCAUUUUAAUUUAAGUAAAAAGUUGGAACUUCAUCUGAUAAUCCAAAAGGUGUCACUGACUUACUGACUCAGACUCAUGAUUGCUCUCCCUUGUCAAUAGAUGAUAUUGUGGACUCUGCUGAUUUUUAAAAUAAUUCCCUUUUGGCCAAUAACUGAUUAAGUGUAAUUACCCAAAAUCAGGAAUUCAGAACAAAGACUUAAUUAUGACAUGAGUGUGGACCAUUUUAAUGUUCAGCCUAAAGUAGCUGUGGUCAGCAUGAGAGGCUGAUGUGUUCCACUUUUGGAUCUGAUGAGUUUAUUUAUUUUCAGCCACCAUUCUCCACUAGAGGGCAUUCUAACAGUUCACAUGUGCCAUUGCCUUCACAAUCCAACAUGACUUGUCAUUUUAAGUAGAUACAUCAUCAGAUGAUUAGAAAAUUCCUGUUACAAUAUGAAACAAAGUAACCAGAAAGAAAUGAUAAAAAUAAUUUGUGAACAUCUAUAACAUGCAUAAGUACCUUGAAUAGGUUACGAAGUCAUUUUAGUUGUGUAAUAGAAAUAUUGCAGUGUUGCUUGUCAAAAUUAUAGGUUCAUUAACAUCAUGCUUAUCCUUGUCUCAACUGAACUGAGUUGCUUUUUCUUUUCUUGAAGGUGACUUGUGUUUUAUGGGUUAUCUUUGAAGGCAAUGUUGAACAAAGUUGUCUAAAUAGAUGGACGGGUAAUAAUGUUUUGGUGAGAAGUUGGGAAACUGGUUUCUCUGUUUUCUUUUGGAAAAUUGGUUUGAGGCUCAUCUUCUCUGCUGUUUGAAGUAAACAGAAUUGAAAUAUG